GGUCAAAGGUAAAGCACGUUGUAAUACGCGCGCAGACGCGCGAUAGAGACAACAUAAUGGAUGCAGUGUGGAAAACCGUGAAUGAUUAUUUACCAAAGACUAAAGAAGAGUGGAACUGGUGGAUUAAGUUUCGUAAAGCUGAUGUCAUCCUCAGGAAGCAUGACAACUUCCUGUACUGUGAGAUUGCCUUCUAUGCCAUGGCCUUCCUUACGUUCAUUCAUGCUAUGCGACAUGGAGGUAGGUUUCGGUGGCUGUGGCUAGCAUCAGUUUUCCAUGGCCUGACGGUGGAGUGUGUCAGCUACUUCCUCCCCGACAUCGACAACUUCUGGCACGCACAAGCAACUGUGAUGCUGCUGGGGCAACGACUACCACUCCAUAUUCUGUUGCUGUACCCAGCGUUGUACUAUGUGGCAUCAGUAGCUGUCGGACAUAUGAAGCUGAGGGGAUGGGCCGAACCUUUUGCAGUUGGGCUCAGUGUUGUUAUCCUGGACGUUCCCUACGACAUCAUGGGCAUCAAGCUGUUGUGGUGGACGUGGCACGACGAUGACCCCAACAUCUACGACCGCCACUACUCGGUGCCGUGGACCAGCUACUACUUCCACGCAACUUUCGCUGCAGGCUUCACUUUGGUUUUCCAUGGACUCCGCAACUGUUUGUGUCAGAGAGCAAACAAAUUCCAGUCUGCUGGGUUCCUGUUGGAGCUGAUGGUUGCCGUAGCGACUGGCCUUCUGGCCAUGCCCCUGGGAGUCCUUCAGUUUCUGCCGAUCUACCACCCACUGCAUGACUCCUUCAAGCUCCACACAGAGGUAUGUGUUCUCAUGCUGUUGGGAGUCUACGGCCUCCUUGUGUGGAUUGCUGACAGAACACCACUAGAGGGAGCCAGGGGACCUCAGAAGUCAAGGGGUGCUAUCAGCGAGGUGCUGCUCUGCGUGCUGCUGCAUUAUGGGCUGUACAUCUACCUCGUGCUCACUGCAGUGCCAGAGAGUAUUCAAGCUACUGGGUUCCACCAGCCAGUCGGCAACUGCAGCACGACGCUACCCGUCCAGACUCCAUUCGGAAUGACUCUAUCCAAGCACAAGUAUCUCUGCCUCAACAAAUAUGAUGAAGAUGUUUUCGACUUCCACUGCGUGAAGAAACAGCCCGCUAGUGGUAAAGAGUGGUACACGAUUUGCGGCACCGCGUUUCCCAACCAUUUUGAGUACAUCUGUGUGGUGACCUCAUUCUGUGUCCUUGGGUUGGUCUGGUACUGGCAGCUACUGUUCCGCUCCGGUGCUGUCCCCAGAACUCAGGGGCCCAAGACCAAGCAGCACAAGGACUAGGCAAGCUCUGCCUCAUGCUGCUGCACCAGGGAAUCUAUGGUCAGGGUAUGAAGUCUUCAAGUUGCACUGUCCAAGAAAUAUGAUCACCAGCUGCAGAAAGGAUUUAAAAUACGACAGUAAUUAUAUGUAUAAUAUGCUGUGGGGAAAUCUAUUUAUGAAAUUUAUAGUUUUAUCAUUAUAGGUUAAAUGUGUUUUAAUUUUGUCUGAAAGAUAAGACGUUUAUUUUAAUAUGAAGGAAAAACAUUGUUUGGUAUUCACGUCACUUUGGAACAGUUCCCAGCAAAUUAUUUCAUUUAUGAGUGACAGUAAAAGGUAGCUUACAGUAUGUGUUGUACCUUUACAAAUGAGGAAAAUAUGUAUAAUCACACCAUGAUAGGAAUCUUUAAAAAAUCAUGUCAGUGGGACAAAGUUCUUUAAUUUUCAAGUCAAUUUUAAUGUUGAUCCACAAUUAUUUGUUCAUGGUUUUGUUUGUAUGAAGAAAAUUCAGUGAAGAAUUGAAAUUAAAUUCAAGAAGUGGUCUGUGAAAUUCAGUUUUCCCUGAAACUGCAAUGUCAAAUUGAUGAAAAGAUUACCUUUGAGACAUAUUUGCUUUAAAGAUUGCCCUUUAAGGUUGUGAGUUUUCAUUAUGUAAGUGAACUGAGAACUUGAGAUGAGGUAUAAAUGAGACUGGUUAUGACUUCAAAAUCAAAAUCAAGAAUGCAUACACUUGUUGUUAAGAUAGCUGAGAACAUAUCAUAAGAACACAUACCAUACAUGAUUAAAUUUACUUUUGAGCUAUUGGAUCUUUACAUGUAAAGUAAAGACCUGCUUCAGUGUGUGCUUUCCUCCCACAUCCCACACAAUGUGAUAUGUCUGAAAUACUAGUCAAAGCAGUGUUAACCAACUCACUCACUUUCUAUGCCCCUACACAUACGUGGACAGGACACUCGAUAGUCCACAAAUUAAUGUCAGACAUUUUGGUAAGAACUCUAAAACCCAGAGACAUGCUUCCUCGGGGAGCGGUCCAUUGUCAGUCACGAUUGCCUUAUUCAUAGCAAAGGACAAGUUAUGAUAAGGGCCCGUUGGACAAAGAACUUCAUUUAGAGGUGUUCAGUGUAAAUAUUCUGAGAAACCCAAAACAGUGUAAGGUAGCGACUGUUUAAAUCUGAUUUUGGAGUCACGCAAUGAGAGCGUAACCAGACAGUGUGUUUUUAUAAACCAAGGCAGCAGCACUAUAUCAACAGUAUUUUAGUUGUCAGCAGUAGUAACUAGGUUAAAAUAAUAAUAACAAGUUAGAGUGUAGUAUUUAUUGCAGUUUGUUUUGCCCACUUUUGGCUAAGAAGCAUUGAACAUUUGUUACAUAAAUUGUAUUGCCAUGACAGUUCUUAUAAUGGCAUACAGCUAGUCAGAUAAGAUAUAUAUUAUAAUGCCCUGCAGGUGUAUAAACAUGUAUACAGAACAACCAGGUUAUAAUGCCCUGCAGGUGUAUAAACAAGUAUACAGUACAACCAGGUUAUAAUGCCCUGCAGGUGUCAAAACAAGUAUACAGUACAACCAGGUUAUAAUGCCCUGCAGGUGUAUAAACAUGUAUACAGAACAACCAGGUUACAAUGCCCUGCAGGUGUAUAAACAAGUAUACAGUACAACCAGGUUAUAAUCCCCUUCAGGUGUAAAAACAAGUAUACAGUACAACCAGGUUAUAAUGCCCCAGCUUGCAGUAUUGUGACUGAUGCCAGCAGUGUUGGGUUGUAGAAGACUUGUAACUGUCUAACAGUAACAACACAUGUCAAUCAGCUCUUCCCUUCUUGUCAAUCAAAUUGAAUCAUGUCAAUUGAACUUAGCUAAUGAAUGUCAGUGCCAUUUAAACUUUCCCCUAUUAAAGGAAGAUUAAAAGAGGAUAAGCUGUGAAGACAACUGAGAUCAAAACACUUAAGAGAGAGAUAAGUUUUGAAAAGAAGAAUGAUGAUGAUACAGGCUGUUAAGGGCAGUGUCUCCAAUGUUCUCUGCUCUGCGAGUUCUGCCCAGGAACUAACAAUUUAAGACAUACACCUGAAUGUAGAUUAUUUUUUAUAUCCCAAACUCAAUCAGAUGUUCUGAUUGUUUUUUUUAUAAAGUUGCAUAUCUUUGAGGCAUAUUUGCUAAAUUUCGUCUUGCAUUCCUAUUUCUCUUUAGAGACAUUGUAGUGAUCUCUUGUAUAUAUUUAUGUUGAUUUGGCUUGUCCAAAAUACUUAUGUGCAAGUUUACAUCACAAUUGAGUGUAGUUUGACUCAACUAUUUGUAGAUAUUGUGUGAAAUAUCCAGUAUUUAUGAAGACACUUUGAAGCAAUGAAUGUUCAUCUUUGUUUCUGAUCUGAAGAGGUGAAGUCAUGAUUGUUUUAAGUUAACUGGUUUAAUGUUUAUAAGAUGAUGCCAAUUCAGGAUUUUGCAGACAUUACCGAUACUUGCUGUGUCAUAAUGGUUGUGUUUUCUGACACUGUGGAAGUUCAUGUUACUUUUAGAAAAUAGCCAACAUGCUACAAGGAAUUAUGGAUUGUCUGUGAAUUAAUGCCUAUAAAUACAGGUACCUCCUUCACCAUAGUCCGUAACCGUAAGGAUUCCAGGUCAGAAUAUUGGCACCCAGCAACCUACACUUGCUGUUAGAGGCAACUAAAUGGAUCGGUGGUCAGACUCGAUGACUUGGUUGAAUGCAUGGACCGAUGCUCAUGAUGUCAAUCAUUGGAUUGUCUGUUCCAAACUUGAUUGUUUCAAGACCACUGACUGCUGAGUGCAGCAUUGAACAACAAGCAAGAACAAAAACACCAUGGUAUUUUAUUCAUAUGGAUAAUACAUAAUUCCAAUUUGCAAGUACAUUAUUCAUUUUCUACCAAUUAUUUUAAGAAAGAAAAUUAUAUGACAUGACAACCCAACAAACAAACUUGAUGACGUCAGCCUUGUUUUUUUUAUAUCGUAUAGCACUGUGAUAAUGCAAUGUCAUGCACAGGGGAUGACAUAUUGUAUUGUGUCCAGAUUAGUUCAGUUUACCAAGGAGCUUUGAGAAUGGCUAAAAUUUAAAAUUUGCCAUUAAUUAAACUAAGUCAUUCAAUCUGUAAGGGUGAAAAUUAUACCAUAUCAAGUGUGAUAUUCUUAUUACUUGAAAAGAUUUGUGAAGCAUGCAGCAAAUUUGAACAAAAAAAACCCAGUUAUUUUUCAUUAAACUUUGAAACUUUUUUGCCAUUUUCUUAAAACUUGGGCUCUUCCGUAAAGCUGUCUUUGUGUUACAACUAUUUUAAGUCUGUGCAUUGAAGGUAAGACUGUUAUCAGGGAUGAUACAUGACGUUUCUGUGAAAGCUAACAGACUCAUUUGACUCAGAACAAAGGCUGUUUAGUACUUGCAAUGCAACUGACUAUAUAAAGACAGACAUUAUUUAUAGGAGGGUUGUGAGGGGAGUUGGCGUGUAGCAAGUUGAGUGUGUUUGCAGGUUUAGAGAAGUGCUGUGUUGAAUGCAAGUGUUUUAGAGCUAUAAUUACUCAAAUGUGGUUUUUUUAAUGCAAUUUUGUGAAAGAUUGUGUGUUUUUGUGUUCAUAUUAAAUGAAAACCUUUUAAAAAUAUAUUUAUUGAGUUUCUAUGGUUUAAGAAAAAAACAAUUUUUUUAAUAAGAUCAAAUGAAAUUUCAGAUGUUACGUUCCUUGUUGUGGCAAUAUUCAAUUACAUCAGCUCUGAUUGUCACCUAUCUCAUUCUUGAGUUAGGACCCAAGAUUGAUGUGUGAAUUUUGUUUGAAAUCUCCAUAUUUUUCACAUAUGUUUAAAAUUUAAAUUUUUAAAAUGAUGCAUGAACAUUUUAAUUUGUACCACCAAUAAAUGUAGGAAGCAAAUCAAAUGAUUUUAUCUGAUAUUCAAAAUACAUCUGGGUACUAAAGUGCCACAUGUACAUGCCCGCUGGCAAUGGAGCUUGUACAAGAGUCACACUGCAUUGUGCCUGCAUGGCGCAUCUACCUGUAUGAAUAUGUCACAGACGGUGAGUCUGAACUUAGGAUAGAUGUCUCCCACCGAAGGUGCUACCGGAAUGAAUCAGUUAUUCAAACAAUAAACGAGAAAUUUCCAAAA